AUGCGUAAACCACCAGGCGCAGAACGACGGGUUGUACCAGAUUUCGGACCAAAUAUCAUACAAUAUCACGCAUUAAAAGGAUUAGAGCUCCAACAUUUCAAGAACAUUCAGGGCCUAGUUCAUAUCACGCAGGAAGACACCGGUAUCAAUGUCUGGAAAUGUCUAUUUUGCUAUACUAAACCCACCCACCACAAAGCACGAGGCAGACCCCCUUGUUGCAAGAUUUGCGACCGAGAAAUGUACACGGCAAAAGACAAGCGCGAUCUUUGGACUGAGGAACACGAUGCGGUGUAUAAGUCCAUGUCUGAAGAAAAUAAGUUGCUUCCACUUAUGAUCAAUCCCAGUGUGUUUUGGGUUUGCCAACGCGGGCGUUGGUACGCAUGUCCAAAUUCAAGUCCUCCUGCACGCCGAGAGUUCAAAUCUAAAGUUGGAAGAAAGUGCAGUUGGUGUGCGAAGGAGCUUGUAA